CGACUCGCUCCUUCCAGGACCCCAACGUAAGCGCGAACUAAUAUGGAAGCGAAGAAACAUCAGCGAUUUAGUUCCCGUUCAAGGGAAAGAAUUAAGAGUAGAGAAGUCAGAUCACGAUCUCCGGAGGAUACAGAAAGGAAUCGACAUGUAGAAGGUGCACGAAGAAGAACUCGGUCAGAGAGCAGCGGGUCGAGAAGCAGUGAUGAUUCUAGAGAGAGACGACAAAAACAAACCGCCUGCUCAAAUGAUUCAGACAGCGACACCCGGGCAAGGAGACACCGCUCGUGUGGAGCCUUUAGAGACAGAAACAACUCACCGCUUGAUGACCGUGGUAGAGAGAAACACAAUAAGAAGAGUCAAAGGAUGGAGACACGUGAGCACAGGCAGAGCAGGAGUUCAUCUCGUUCUAGCACACGCUCCAGUGUGGAGAGACGGCGUGUGAGAGACAGAGACAGCAGGGACAGAGAUAGGAGAAGGAGACAGAGGAGUGCUGAGCACAGGAGCAAGAGCUCCAGCCGAGAGAGACGGCGGGAGCGAGAUGAAGAGAGAAGGAGGAGCAGAGGGAGGGAAAGGAAGAGCGAGGACAGGGACUGGAACAGGAAGAGGAACGAUCGCGAUGACACCAAGGAGAGACGGCAGAGGAGGAGGUCAUCCUCAGGCUCGUCGGUGUCCUCCGCAUCUUCUGCUUCUGAGCAGGGUGACAAUAAAGAAGGAAAAGUUGCUUUGUCAGCCAAAGAAGAGCGGAAGAAGCAGAAGGAGAUGAUGAAGGCUUUGGAGACUCCAGAAGAGAAGAGAGCUCGUCGACUAGCUAAGAAAGAAGCCAAGGAGAGGAAGAAGCGUGAGAAAAUGGGCUGGAGUGAAGAGUACAUGGGAUACACUAAUGCAGACAACCCGUUUGGAGACAAUAACCUGCUGGGCACCUUCAAAUGGCAGAAGGCUCUUGAGUUAAAGGGAAUUGGGCACUUGGGUGAAAAAGAGCUCAAGGAGAGGAACAAGCUUAUCCAGGAGGAGAAUCGCAGGGAGCUGCAGAAGGUGAAGCAGUUACAUCUGGAGCGAGAACGGGAGAAGUCCAUGCGGGAGCAGGAGUUGGAGAUGCUGCAGAGAGAGAAGGAAGCAGAGCAUUUUAAAACCUGGGCAGAGCAAGAGGACAACUUUCAUCUGCAUCAGGCCAAGCUCAGGUCUAAGAUCCGUAUCCGAGAUGGCCGAGCCAAGCCCAUUGACCUGCUGGCCAAAUACAUCAGUGCUGAAGAUGAUGACUUGUCUGUAGAAAUGCAUGAACCGUACACCUUCCUGAAUGGACUCACGGUCACGGACAUGGACGACCUGCUGGAGGACAUCAAGGUUUAUAUGGAGUUGGAACAGGGGAAAAAUGUGGAUUUUUGGAGAGACAUGACCACUAUCACAGAGGACGAGAUCAGUAAACUGCGCAAACUAGAAGCUUCAGGGAAAGGCCCAGGUGACCGGCGUGAAGGUAUCAACACCUCUGUGAGUAAAGAUGUGCAGUCUGUGUUUAAAGGUAAAACAUACAGCCAGCUGCAGGCACUGAACAUGAACAUAGAGAGUAAGAUCCAGGCCGGAGGCUCGAACCUGGACAUCGGCUACUGGGAGAGUCUUAUGCAGCAGGUGCGAGUCUACAUGGCACGGGCAAGACUGAGAGAGAGGCAUCAGGAUGUCCUGAGACAGAAACUCUAUAAGCUGAAGCAGGAGCAGGGGGUGGAAAGUGAACCACUCUUCCCCAUUAUCAAGGAGGAACCUGAUGCUGAGAAUCCAGUUACAAAUGCGGAGAUUCCUUCUAGAUCAUCUUCCUCACAGGCAGAGGAAAGUAAAGACAAAGAGGAAGAGAGUGGAGAUGAGAGGCCAGGGCCAAGCUCCAGAGCCUCUGCAGAGAAGGAGGGAGGUGAGGGAGGAGGAGACGGAGAAGAGGGUGAGGAUGGAGAGAAAAGCGGCACAGUGGAGUCCGUGCUGACGGAGGAGGAUCUGAUCCAGCAGAGCCAGGCCGAGUACGACUCGGGUCGUUACAGUCCCGUGCUCCUGCAGCCCUCCGAGCUCCCGCUUGACACACAUGUUGCUGAUGCAGAAGAAGACCUCCAGCGUCUCCAGCUCGCUCGCAGACAGCUGCAGGUCACAGGCGACGCCAACGAGAGCGCAGAGGACGCGUUUGUGCGACGUGCAAAAGAGGGCAUGGGGGGUGACGAGGCCCAGUUCAGCGUCGAGAUGCCCCUGACUGGGAAAAUGUACAUGUGGGCUGACAAGUACCGGCCACGCAAGCCUCACUUCUUUAAACGUGUGCACACAGGCUUUGGGAGGAACAAGUACAACCAGACGCACUACGAUUUUGACAACCCGCCCCCAAAAAUCGUCCAGGGUUACAAGUUCAACAUCUUCUACCCGAACCUGAUCGACAAACAUUCAAUGCCUCAGUACUUCAUUGAGCCGAGCCCGGACAACAAGGACAUUGGCAUCCCGCGUUUUCACGACAGGCCGCCCUACGAGGACAUCGUGUUUAAGAUAGUCAACCAUGAAUGGGAAUACUCACAUCGACACGGCUUCCGCUGCCAGUUUGCCAAUGGCAUCUUUCAGCUGUGGUUUUGUUUCAAGCGCUAUCGCUACAGGGGAUGAGAAGCUGAUACUCAUGACAUUUGUACAAACAAGUUGUUAACAUUUUCCCCAGAAGUGAAAAACAAUAAAAUGAAAAUAGCAAUA